GGUCUCAGGGUCCGCAAGGCGGCGCGACCGACCUCGCCCCCUUCCCCGGUGCGGGGCCAGGCGCAGGCGGUGCCCGCUGGUCUCCCGUGCCGUGGGCACGCCCCGCGCGGUCCCGCCGUGUCUCUGUGCUCGGCGGUCCUCCCGAAGCUGGGGUCCUCGCGGUGGGCAGCGUCCUGACCCGGCACUGCUGACCGGGACCCGGGACGGACAGCGUGCUGAGCAGACGGCCAGCGGCCCCGCUCCUGUGGCGUGGAGCCGUGUUCCAGGGAUGUACAUGCAGGUAGAGACUCGCACCAACUCCUGCCUCCAUCUGAAGAGGGCUCCGGGCAUCCGGUCCUGGUCCCUCUUGGUCGGAAUCUUGUCAACUGGCCUGGCUGCUGCUUACUACAGUGGAGAUAGCCUGGGCUGGAAGCUCUUCUAUGUCACAGGCUGCCUGUUUGUGGCUGUGCAGAACUUGGAAGACUGGGAGGAAGCCAUCUUCAACAAGAGCACCGGGAAGGUGGUUCUGAAAACAUUCAGCCUCUACAGGAAGCUGCUGACUCUUCUCAGAGCAGGCCAUGACCAAGUGGUGGUCCUGCUAAAUGACAUCCGGGAUGUGAAUGUGGAGGAGGAGAAGGUCCGGUAUUUUGGGAAGGGCUACAUGGUGGUGCUCCGGUUUGCCACAGGCUUCUCCCACCCCCUCACCCAGAGUGCAGUCAUGGGCCGUCGCAGUGACGUGGAAGCUGUAGCCAGGCUCGUCACCAACUUCCUGGAGCUGCACCGCCUGGAGAGCCCUUCGGAACGGUCUCAGAGCAGCCACAGUGAGGCUGACAGCCCUGGUGGCCAGAGCUGAGGCAGGACAGGCACGGGCUCCAGCGGGGUGCUUGCCUUAGCCUCGCAGGACUCAAGAAUGUCGUCAGCCAUCACAGCAGUCCUCCCUCUGGGCCCUCACCUCCUGGGCAGAAGCCAUGUGCCUAGAACAGAGGUCACCUCUUACAGCAUCCUGCAGCACUUGGAAACUGACAGCUGUUCCACAGGGACCAAAUCCCAGUCACUCAAGCCCUGAAGACCUGCUGGAUGGCAUCAGCUGUUCCCCACAGAAGCCAAGUGCCAGCUGCCACUGACCUGCCCCUGCUUUGUCCACCUUGUGAGUGGACCCAGGUCCUUCCAAGUGCCCAGCUUGGCCUCCAGGGCUCUGGUCAGCCCCACGGGGCUGUGCCCCUAGGUGUGAUCAGGUUGGGGAAGCCACAGCACCACUCAGGUGCUGGGGCCGGAGGCUCCUAGGCCAGACAGGGCAGUCACGCCGGUACCUCCAGUGGAAGCAGGGCAGGUGCUCCUGCCCACCAGCCCCCAGCUGGGGGUCUUGGUCCUUUAUGCCAAAGGUGGUGUUUUCAGCGGUUGAGUCUGAGAUGUUUUAAAUUUUCCCUAAAAUGAAAUAUGCAAAGUGCGGCAAUA